AUGCGUGAAUUUGAGGAUGCUGAUGACGGUUUGCAGAAUCCGGAAUCUGCAACCUAUUCGUUACCAUCCUAUACUUACGCACAUCGUUUCGACGAUGUUCUACGAAAUGGGCGUUUCAGUCAUUUGCUACUGAAGAAGAUUCGACAAAAAAACGCAAAUCAAAAGGGAACUGCGGCACAGGCAGUUACUUUUUCUUUUAUCAAUCGUUUGCUUGUUACGAAUGCACUGCUUUGA